GCGCGGCCCGGAGGGGAUUCGGCGCGGCCGAGGGCCGGGGCUGAGCGCUGGGGCCCGGCCCAGCCCGGGCGGGAUGUGAGGGAGCGGCACCGCGGCUGCGAGCUCUGCCGCCCCUGGGGCCGCUCCGUGCUUCAGGGGGCUCCUCCCGGCGCGGCAGCGGCUGUCCAUCGGUCCCGGAGCGCUGCCUUUCGCUGGGCGUCGUCCGAGUCGGCGGCGCUCCGGAGGCCGUAAGAGCCUCUGGACCGAAGUGACGUCUGCUGCUCCCCAGAGCUUUCCACCGAAGGCCGAAAUAGAGAGUUCGUCUCUGGGGAGAGAAGAAGAAAAUACUCUGUGCAGAAUCGUGUUUGUCCAUGCUUGCUCGUUGUGGUUGGGAUGUGUUGCUCUGCAGUCUGUAUUCUGUAACUCAUUAUAGAAUGCCAGGACUAAGCUGUAGAUUCUACCAGCAUAAAUUUCCAGAGGUAGAAGAUGUAGUGAUGGUCAAUGUUCGGUCCAUUGCUGAAAUGGGAGCCUAUGUCAGCCUGCUGGAGUACAACAACAUUGAGGGCAUGAUCCUUCUCAGCGAGCUCUCCAGGAGACGUAUUCGUUCCAUAAACAAACUCAUUCGCAUCGGGAGGAAUGAAUGCGUCGUGGUCAUAAGAGUUGACAAAGAGAAAGGUUAUAUUGAUUUGUCAAAGAGAAGAGUUUCCCCGGAGGAGGCAAUCAAAUGUGAAGACAAGUUCACAAAAUCAAAGACUGUUUACAGCAUCCUUCGCCAUGUUGCUGAAGUCUUGGAGUACACUAAGGAUGAGCAGCUUGAGAGUCUUUUCCAGAGAACUGCCUGGGUAUUUGAUGAUAAGUACAAAAGACCAGGAUAUGGUGCUUAUGAUGCAUUCAAGCAUGCAGUCUCAGACCCUGCCAUUCUGGAUAGCCUGGACCUGACAGAGGAGGAGAGGCGUGUGCUGAUUGACAACAUCAACAGGCGGCUGACACCACAAGCAGUCAAAAUCCGAGCUGAUAUUGAGGUGGCCUGUUAUGGUUAUGAAGGCAUAGAUGCAGUAAAAGAAGCUUUGAGAGCAGGCUUGAACUGUUCCACGGAGAACAUGCCCAUUAAAAUUAAUCUGAUAGCCCCUCCUCGGUAUGUGAUGACUACUACAACACUGGAGAGAACUGAAGGACUGUCUGUUCUGAAUCAAGCCAUGGCUGUAAUUAAAGAAAAAAUAGAGGAGAAGAGAGGAGUCUUCAAUGUGCAGAUGGAGCCUAAGGUGGUUACUGACACAGAUGAGACUGAGCUUGCAAGGCAGUUGGAAAGACUGGAGAGGGAAAAUGCCGAAGUGGAUGGGGAUGAUGAUGCUGAAGAAAUGGAAGCCAAAACUGAAGACUAAAUGUUCUGGGAUAUUGAGAAGAGAGACCAUAUGAAAAAUUAGACACCCCGUUGUAAAUGUUCUGGACUAAAUGUUUCCAGUAUUGAAAACUUUGAAUGAAAAUACUUGAAGUGUUUUAUUGUUUUAUAAAGACCAAAAUGUAACAGGCUCUUCUAAAUAACACUCGAUGCAGCAACUUACACAAAUUGAAUCCUUUGAAAGGAAGACACAUAGUCAAAUUCAAGACAGAUCUGGCUGGAAGGAGGUUUCAGCCCCAUGCUUAACAUUUUCAUACAUAACAGUUUCUAAUUGGCAAUUACAGCUAAGUCCAUCUGUUAAUAAUCUUUCCUGGGAGCACCAAAACCAAACAAGAUGAUCAGUUCUAUACAGAAUGUAUUUGAGCAAUUAUUCAAUAAAUUUCUGGGCUAUGUGCUCCAAGAUA